UUAUGUGUGACGCUAGAGGUCGGAAAGGAAAUAAGAAUCCUUGGUCUUUUUUCAAUGAAUGAAUUUGCUCGGUCCAAAGUCCGUCUCGCAUGCAUGUACAUUUAUUACAUUGUCAUCGUUAUCGGAAAGCCACAGUAUAUAUGCACGUCUCAAACAACACUAUUGAAUAUUGUGCCAUAUACUACCGAGUAGAUAUUGCCAUCACUACAUUGAAUCAUGUCUAAUUACAUAGGAUUGAAUGUCGGUGGAAAGAUAUACCGGACAUCUCGUACUACAUUGACCAGUACGCCCGGGUCAUUCUUCAAUUUGAUCCUAAAUGGCGGCAUACCGUCUGCCCAGGAUGAGCAAGGAAACUAUCUCAUUGAUCGCGAUGGCGAUAUUUUCAGACAUAUUCUCAAUUAUUUGAGAAGCAAGAAACUUGUACUUCCAGAAGGAUUCAACGAGCUUCAUCUCCUGGCGUGCGAAGCUGACUUCUUUCAGCUGGAGACACUGAAGGAAGAAGUCCUGAGUGUACUUGGCAUUCAUCAGAUCAUCGGGCUGAAUGUUGGCGGGAAGAUCUACCAGACAACCAGAGAAACACUCUUGAGAGCCCCCCAGGGUUACCUGGCAGCCAUCGUGAGCGAAAAGGGUCUAAACAUGGCCAGAGACAAAGAUGGAAACUUUGCGAUAGAUCGAGACGGGGAGCUGUUUCGCUACAUCCUCAACUUUUUACGCGAAGGAGCUUUGAUUCUGCCCAAAUCAUGGAAUGAUUUCAAUCUCCUUUUGAACGAGGCGGCCUUCUUUGGGAUUCCUGUUAUACGUGAACACGUAACGAGUUUGAUGAAUUUUGGUGAGACUGAUGAAGAGAAUGCCGGAGAGAAUGGCCAUCAGCCGGUAUCUUUCUUCCAUUUAUACCAUUGGCAUGGCCGUUUCCUGACAUAUCAUACCAGUCAUAACAGGCGUAGAUUAGAAGAUUUGUUUUCCUUCAAGAUGAAGUCUUGUAAAUACGUUGAAUCAACAUUUGGAGUUCACGUGUUGUCUUUCACCUUGGAUGAAUGGCUUACUGAUGAGUCGCUGGAGUGGUUCUACCCCAACAGUUCAGGACACAAAUGUCGCAAAAUUCUCGAUUAUCCGAAAAGUGAACAAGAUAUCAUCGCUAUGCUUCAGUUUGGAAAGUACAGUAUUAUUCGAUCGAUAAACUUUGGCGAAGAAUCGACAAAAUACGAAUUCGCGUUCUAAUCCUUGAUGAUCCAUAAAUGUAACUCUCUAAUAAUGCCAUUUUGUUUAUGCUAAACAUAAAUCAUGAUAAUUAUUACGAGCAAAUAGCAAAGUGUAAUCAAAAUUAUGCCCCUUCAAAACAUCAUAUGCAAAUACUUAAUAAUUCGUUUUCAUCAUCAUGCAGUCUUGAAGAAAACAUUUGCUCUAUCAGUACGGGGAUGUUCAGUCACUAUCAGGGUUUACGGAUGUAUAUCUUUUGACUUGUUUCUUAUUGCCUCGAACGAUGACCCCAGCUUGAUGUUGAGCCCCGCGACAGAACAUGAGUACCAUUUGGAGCAGAUAUAUAUUCAUGAAGAGAGUGACGAAGACAGCUACUUCGAUCAGUGUAAACUUAAUCUUCGACCAUCGUGUCUACAUGAAAAACAAACAAGAAAAUGCAAACAAUCUCGUCAAAUACCUUAUGUCUUAUACGGAUUAUAAUCAAACAAUAACAUUUAUGAAACGAGUGUAACUAUUAACCUACUUAUGUAAUUACCUGGAAGCCUACAAUGAAUCUUCGUAAAUUAUGUUUUUAUCGGAUAUAAUACUAGAGUUGAUAAACUAACCUUAUUGGAAAUUAGUACUCUCUUUAAAAAAAAGAGUGAAUUUUCAGAAUCACGGACGUCACUCCUCUGGAGAGUGAAA